AUGGCGCAGGGAGACAGUGAGAAGAAGCCGCUCGUUUCCAAGCUUCCCGGGCAGGGCAAGAAGAGAGGCAACAAACGUCAGAUACCAUGGCUAUAUGAUUUGGUCCUCUGGACCAUGUCCGUCUUAAUUGACCUCUUCUUCCGGGAAGUACAUCCUCGCGGAGCUUGGAAAAUUCCAAAGAAAGGCCCCAUUAUCCUUGUUGCAGCGCCCCAUGCAAAUCAGUUCGUGGAUUCAUUGAUUUUGAUGAGGAUCGUCAAGACGGAGGCCAACCGAAGAAUCUCCUACCUCAUAGCGGAAAAGUCCACAAAACGCAAGUUUAUUGGGACUCUUUCUGCGGCCAUUGGCGCCAUUCCCGUCGCCAGGGCUCUGGACAAGGUCAAGCCAGCGCAGGGCAGGAUUUAUCUUCCGGACCCCGACCACGAUCCCACUUUGGUCCGUGGUAUUGGCACGGACUUCACGAAUGGAGAUUUCGAAGUGGGCGGCUUGAUCGUCCUGCCCAAGGUUCGUGGCCAGGCUCCCAGCACGGAAAUCGCAGAAAUCAUCUCCCCUACCGAGAUCCGCCUCAAGAAGCCUUUUAAGACGCCUGAAGCUUUGGAGGCCCUUAACGCCAACGGUGCCGCUACCCAAGCGAUCACGUCAGGAGAAGGCUCGGAGGAGAUACAACCAGAAAACCUGGGGACCACAUUCAAAGUGGCUCCCUACGUUGACAACUCAAAAGUCUACAAUGCAGUUUUUGAGGAGCUCGAGGCAGGCGGCUGUAUUGGUAUUUUCCCAGAAGGUGGAAGUCAUGACAGACCAGACUUACUCCCGCUGAAAGCCGGAGUGGCCAUCAUGGCACUUGGGGCCGAGGCCAAGUAUCCUGGGUGCGGUGUUAAGAUCAUCCCCGUCGGUAUGAACUACUUUCACCCACACAAAUUCCGUUCAAGGGCAGUGAUUGAGUUUGGCCACCCUAUUGAGCUUCAUCCGGACCAAGUCGAAGCAUACAAGGCCGGGGACCGCAGAAAUGCCGUUGGCUCACUACUCGAAACAGUGUAUCAGGGCCUCAUCUCCGUGACGCAAGCGUGCCCUGACUAUGACACUCUGAUGCUGGUUCAGGCCGCCAGGAGAUUGUACAACCCCACCGGGAAGAAACUACCGUUGCCUCUUGUUGUCGAGCUCAACCGGCGCCUUGUCCAAGGCUACACAAAAUACAAGGACGAUCCUCGAGUAGUGGAGUUGAAAAAGGACGUCCUCGACUACAACCGUGAGCUCCGAGCCCUUGGGAUUAGGGAUCACCAAGUGGAAUGGGGAAAUCCCGCGAAACGGCCGCGAUGGUAUGUUUUCGGGACGUUAAUUUACCGCCUAGGCGAGCUUCUGUUCAUGGGUAUCGGGACCCUGCCGGGCCUAGCCAUGUUCUGGCCUGUCUUUGUUACCACCAAAGUCAUUUCGGUCAAGAAGUCCAGAGAAGCGCUCGCCGCCUCAACAGUGAAAAUCAAAGGUCGAGAUGUCAUCGCAACUUGGAAGCUUCUGGUCGCCAUGGCGUUCGCUCCUGCGCUUUACAUUUACUAUACGGUUGUUGUGUCGCUGUGGUUGGCAUACAAUCGACGCGGCGGUUACUAUACCUACCGAGUGCCCUGGUGGAUGGUCGCUCGAACCUAUGUGCCAGACUUUGUUCCAAUGUGGCUGUUCUCGAUUCUCUUUUUUAUCCUAUGUAUCUGCGUCACUUUUGCAGCUUUGCGUAUUGGAGAGAUUGGAAUGGACAUCGUCAAAUCCCUCCCACCGCUGUUUGUCGCUUUGAAUCCCCGCUCAUCGAGCCGGAUUGUGCAGCUGCGCCAGAAGCGGGAGAGAUUGUCGGCCAAGGUGACCGAUGUCAUCAAUACCCUUGGUCCCGAAGUCUUCCCUGACUUUGAUGCAAAGAGGAUCGUGGCCGAUCCCUUUAAGGAAGGUGCUUACCAGUCUAGUUAUAAACAGAUGCCGGAAGAACCAAGACUCCCUGACUCGGCUGACCCGGCAACACCAACGUCUGGCGGCUUCCAGGACGUAGGAGCUUCGUCAGCCUCGAGUCCUUUCAGCUUUCUACCGUCAAACGAGUCUUUUGGUAACAUCGGCGGGUUUGGAUUCUUUUCUUCGAGACCGGCGACACCAAGUGGCCGCAGCCGGAGCCGGAGCAGGAGCAGCUCCGGUGGCGGCGGCCUCACGUCUGUUCUGAAGCCAUUCAGCACUUUGAGCGACAACGGAAGCCUCGAUGAAGUCAGCAAGCGAAUCCGAGGUGCAAUGCGUGAAAGGGGUCGUAAACGGGAAAGCGAAGGUGUCGAAACAGGGACCGAGAGCAGCUGGGAUAUGGCCUCAGCUGGACAGAUCACGCCUACGACCGAGGACGAAGAACCUAAAAAGGAUCGAUGA